AUGUGUGAUCCAUUUUUGAGAACUUGGAAACUAAUUUCAAGUGAAAGGUUUCAUGACAACAUGAAGGAGCUGGGUAUGUGCUUUGCCACUAGGAAAAUAGCUGGAGUUGCCAAGCCCAAUGUAAUUUUCAGCUGCAUUGGAGAUUUUAUAACUAUCAAGACAGAGAGCAGUUUCAAGAACACUGAGAUUUCCUUCAAAGUGGGAAAAGAAUUUGAUGAGAUCACAGCAGAUGACAGAAAAGUAAAGGGUGUUGUGAUGCUAGAUAAUGGCUCACCCAAUCAGAAGCAGAAAUGGAAUGGUAAAGAGACAACAAUAAAAAGAAAAAUAGUGGAUAGGAAAAUGGUUGUGAAGUGUGCUAUGAAGAAUAUUACCUCCACGAGAAUGUAUGAGAAAGCAUGAAAAAUCCAAACUGG